UGCCACCAGCCUGCGCAUCCCCCUCCCAGCCAACCAUCUGCACCCACCCCAAUAAUGGACCAGCCCCAUUCGCUGGACCGCGAUUUAUACACCCUCGAUGGCUGGCCUGGCCGACUCGGUCUGCGCGGUGGGGAUCCGGCCCUCUUGCAGUCGCGUCUUGCCGACGUUGCCGAUGUCCUCGCCUGUCUGCGAAUGCUCUUUAUCAAGGCCUCCAUUCCCAGCUGGAACCCUCUCUGUUUUGACGUCUGCCUUUCUUCUGAUUUCCCCAGUGUAAGCGGAGUCAGUCCGGUACCUGAGUGGUAAAAUUCUUCAUCCCGUUAUACGAACCAGAUUUGCGUUCCCCUUUAGGUAGCUUAGGAGGUCCAAUUUUUCAUCUUUUUUAUUUUUCUUCUCUCUCUCUCUCUCUCUCUCUCUUUCAGAUUUCGGUUUCCGUUUCGCCUGAUCGUCCUUCCACUCCCCUCUUGAUCGGGUUGUUGUUCUUGACUCGCCAUGGAGAUGGAACAGACACAGAUCCCCUUGCGGGUGAUUGUAGUUGGUCCAGGCAUUGGCGGCAUGGCCGCGGCCCUGACUUUGGGUUUGCGAGGACACCAUGUCACUGUCCUCGAAUCAGCCACCAAACUUAUGGAGGUUGGAGCAGGCAUCCAAGCUUCUCCGAAUAUGCUGACGCUCUUUGACCGGUGGGGUGUCUCUCCUUCAAUCCACGCCAAAGACGUUGCACUCGAGCAUAUUCAUGUGCGACGGUGGGAGGAUGGCAGCAUGCUUGGAACUUUGCCUGUGAACAAGACCUACGGGCACCAGACUGUCAUCCAUCGUGCCGAUCUCCACAACGCUCUCAUCGACCAGGCGCUGGCGCUGUCAAAUGUGGAGCUGCUGGUGAAUUCAACCGUCACUAGGGUCCAAUUCGACCGUGCAGUGGUGACCUUGGCCAAUGGCACCGUUGUGGAGGGGGAUGUGGUCGUCGCUGCCGAUGGCAUCAAAUCCGCUAUCCGUGGCCAACUCCUCGACGAAGCCUCCAUCAAGGCCAUUCCUACGGGUGAUGCGGCCUACCGGAUUAUGUUGCCACGCAGCGCACUGGAGAACGACCCUGAAUUGAGAGUAUUAGUUGAUGAACCACAAGCUACCCGAUGGCUCGGGCCUGGCCGCCAUAUCAUCGCCUACCCGGUACGCAACCAUGAGCUAUACAAUGUGGUCCUGCUUCACCCCGACUGCCAUGGUGUCGAAGAGUCAUGGACCACCAAGGGCUCCAAGCAAGCCAUGAUUGACAACUACAAGGGCUGGGACCGACGGGUGACGAAGCUCAUCGAUCUGGUUCCGGAUGAUGAAGUCCCGGAGUGGAAGCUAUGUCUGCACGCUCCGUUGAAAACAUGGAUUAGAGGCUCUGUGGCUCUUAUCGGGGACGCCUGCCACCCUAUGCUUCCAUACGUCGCCCAAGGCGCCGCCCAGGCUGUAGAAGAUGCCGCUGCUCUCGGCGUCCUCCUCUCCACCAUCACAUCGCGCGCUCAAAUCCCCAUCGCUUUCCAAGCCUACGAGAAGUCCCGCAAACGCCGCGCGGAGACAGUGCAGCAGUCCGGCACCGACAACCGGAUCACCCUGCACCUCCCCGACGGCCCGGAUCAGCGCGCGCGGGACGAGCAAUUCCGUUCCUCGCUCAAGAGCGGUUCCAACCCUGACCGGUGGACGGAUCGCGAGACGCAGAAGUUCCUCUGGGGCUGGGAUGCCGAGAAGGCAGCCCUGGACGCCUGGAAGGAACUCCACGGUGACAUGGUGUCCGAGGUACGGCAUCACCUGUGAGAUCUGAGUCUUAUCAUUCGCGGUACUCUCCUUAUUCAACAUUAUUGGGAUCACAUUACCCAUUCGGCGUUUUCAUCAGCGUGACGACUAAACCUUAUUUACGACUUUGUAUAUAGAGCAUCUUGCAUAACCUGUACAUAUUGCCAUGCACAAAAUAUAUUCUGUC